ACUUUGUCGAGUCAAACUCGAGCAUGCUGAAGGUGUUUACAUAGGUGGAACUAUAUUUCCCAAUUUUCCAUUGUAUUUCACAGUGGGCGUCUAUCCUACUCCUACCACACCAAAAUUUUAUUGUCAUCCACAAAAAGGAGCACAUUAUCUGAAACAGAGUCGCCAAGCAGUUCUCUCAUCCGGUCAUGGCUCUCACCAUCGGAAAUGGAGGCGGCGGCGGUACCAUUCUCUGCCGCAACAUCAUCAGAAGCUCAUAUCCUCACCUCCCCCUUCGUCCACACCGCGUCUCCCCCCCAUCGCCGGCGUCGUCCCUCUCCCUCUCCCCCUCCCCAAGAACUUCCCACGUAGUCUCGGCCAAGAAAUUCGCCUCUCGAACGGGACGGUUCGAUAGCAAGAAUCGGAGGAAGGCCGCCACAAUCAAAGAAGAAGAGGAAGAAUCAGAGCAACGGACGGCUGAAUUUCAAAGAGGACCGGAAGAUGGUAGCGCAGGAGCCAUUGAUGAUGUCGACGAUGGGUAUUUCUUGCCGAAGCUUCCCGGCGACGAGCCUGAUUUCUGGGAGGGACCUCAGUGGGAUUGGCUCGGCUUUUUCGCCCAGUACAUGUGGGCUUUUGGGAUCGCUUUUGCCUUAGUUGCAUGUGGGAUUGCUGUGGUCACAUACAAUGAAGGGGCAACAGACUUCAAGGAAACUCCUGUAUUCAAGGAAUCAAUGCAAUCUCAAGAGCUUCUAGAAAAACAAGACGGAUCUAACUCUAAUGUUUUCGAGUCCAACCCGACUGAGGAGGCACCUAGUUUGGAGUAGGCCCAUGUAUUUAGUUUGGUCAUAUCGAUCCUGGCCAUUAUAAACAUUCUAACCAGGACAUUGUCUUUAGUGUAAGGUAAGAUUUCCUAUAUACGCCAUAAGCUUUUUGAGCUUUUUUUUUUUUUUUUGUUCUCUUUUAAUAUUUGUGAUAUAUUGAUGCAAGAAAGCCAGUUUCUGAAA